CGAACGCAUUCGAGUACGGAACGUCUUCUUCGUCAGUCGCAGCCAGUUGGAGUUUGGUGGGUGUUUUUUUCGCGUACCGUGAUUCUUUGUCAUCUCCUGUCUGUGUCCGUAUGUUGGGUCGAUUUGCUAACGGUACUGCUGCGCUGUUAAAGCAAAUUAACACGUUCUGUACGUCCGCAUUACAGGUUGAAUCUCCGUAUUGAUCACUGUGGCUAACAGGUGAAAGUGCUGCCUGGGAUAACAGUUUCCAUCUGGUAGCAGCAGCAGGAAAACAGAUUGAUUUCCCAAUUUGUUAUGUGCCUUGCGCGUAGGUAGAGUCUCAUAAAAAGCACAAGAAAAAAUGGUUAAAGUGCAGUGAAAAAAACUAGGGUUCGACAUACGGAAGUACGAAUGGCUGUUUUCAGGUUUCUUUGAAAAAGAAGAAUUGUCAGUGAAAAUUUAGUGAUAAAUCAAGCUCAUCUAAGUGUCACUAGUUGGUAUUUGAAGCUGAAGUGAGUUCCAGCCAGAUUAAAACAUGGAGAGUGGCUAAGGCGAUUCGAUUCCAUAAAAAGGUUAUCGUUUAGUGCUUAUACAGUUAACCUUUGAUAAAGUCUUGGAGCGAAGAAACUGAGCAGUGGCAGUUGGAAGAUCACAGAACUGCCCAAGUGUGUCGCCCGGAAAGAUUUUUGAAUAGAAAAAACCUUUCGGCGGUGCUACGCCUUUCGGUGUAAUAAUGAGUACCGAGCAUCCGGUGGCAAUGGAUUUGCUGAACGGAAGCGCGACCACCGCAAAGCCGAGUGUCCUCGUUCAUACGACGGAAGCGAAACCGGUGGCCGCCCUCGCUAUCGAUCCGCUGAUCAGUCACGUGGGCGAUGGCAUCUUUCUGCAGACGAAAACCGCGCAAGGAUUAGCGGGUAUCUUCGUGUGGAUUGCGCUGUUCAUCACUUGUCAACAGAUCUAUCAGCACUUGAGGUGGUACACUAACCCCCAGGAACAGCGAUGGAUUGUCCGGAUAUUAUUCAUCGUACCCAUCUACGCCACCUACUCCUGGAUCAGUUUGCUGUUCUUCAACUCGGAAAGCGUCUACGUGUACUUUUUCACCGUCCGGGAUUGUUAUGAAGCAUUCGUAAUCUACAACUUCCUGUCGCUUUGCUAUGAGUAUCUAGGGGGCGAGGGCAACAUUAUGUCCGAAAUCCGCGGGAAACCCAUCAAAUCGUCCUGCCUAUAUGGAACCUGCUGUCUGGCGGGAAAAACCUAUACGAUCGGAUUUUUGCGGUUCUGCAAACAGGCCACGCUGCAGUUCUGUCUGGUUAAGCCGCUGAUGGCGUUCAUCAUCAUUUUCCUGCAAGCUUUUGGGCACUAUCACGAUGGCGAUUGGAGUGCUGAUGGCGGCUACAUCUACAUCACCGUAAUCUACAACAUCUCCGUCUCGUUGGCCCUGUACGGGCUGUAUCUAUUCUACUUCGCCACCCGAGACCUGCUGACGCCGUUCGAUCCUGUUCUGAAGUUCUGCACCGUGAAAUCGGUGAUUUUCCUGUCCUUCUGGCAAGGUGUUGGAUUGGCCAUCCUGGAAAAGGCUGAAGUAAUCUCACCGAUCGUGGAUGCCGGUGGUUCCACAACGUCCGCUGGUACCGUAUCCGCCGGUUAUCAGAACUUCUUCAUCUGCAUCGAAAUGCUGUUCGCUGCGAUUGCCCUCCGAUAUGCGUUCCCGUAUCAGGUAUACGCUCAAAGUUGCAUGACAGAUGCGCACGGUCGAUCAGUGACAAUGCAAUCAAUCUCGAGCAGUUUGAAGGAAACCAUGAAUCCGAAAGAUAUUAUGACGGACGCGAUACACAAUUUCCAUCCCCAGUAUCAGCAGUACACGCAGUACAGUUCAGGUGGAAAAAAUCCGCGCGGCAUCCGGGUGUCCUCGUACGAUCCGGACGAUCCGAGCAACCAGCUGACGCAGGGUUCAAUGGCCAGUGGUGGUAACGGGGGCGGAAAUGGAGGCGGAAACAAUGGACGCAGUGGUGGCAGUUACAACACUGCCCAUACCGGAAGCUACAUCGCCCCACCGACCCUCGGUAGUCAGCGGAAGUUUAUGGCAACGGGCGGGGAUGGAGGUGGUGGUGGAGGAUCCCAGAAGGUGGCCACCAUCAGCCAAAACUAUAACGAGAAGACGAUGCUGCUGAGCAGCGAUGACGAGUAUCAGUAAACUGUGCUGUUGUUGGGGGUGUGCAUUGGUGGUUUUUAAGUUCUGUUACAUACCUUCCUACUUACAACAAAAUUCAUUCCGUUACGUAGAGGACUUGGGAACACAGGGGGACAGAUUUUUUAUACAAUAGAUGCUUAUGUACGGAAACAGCUUUUUCAAAGAUUGUGACAGCUCUUUUUCGGUUAUGAAGACAGUUGAUUAAUUUUAGUAUUUCGGAUUGGACAACGUAGCUCUCUUUGUAGAAAGUAUGUCACAAAUCACCCAGAUCAACUGAUCCGGUUGUCAUGAGAAUAUAUUGUCGUUGCAAUUGCAAUUCUGAGUUGCUGGUUUUCGACUGCCAACCAACGAUGGUGAUGGUGACGUAUUAAUUCAGCAACGACAAUAUAUUUUAUUCUAACCAGACUUCAAGAACGCUUUGGAGCUACCUCACACGUCCUAAAUUCCGUCGAUUGGGAAGAAGAGCUCGAAAUCUUCAGUCAAAUUCUGCGUAUUACUCGCCUUGUGUCGAAAUCUACCGUAACUACCAUUCUGCUGAGUCCCUGGGUCGUCAAAGAACUACAGCAAAGGAAACGAUUAAGAGAUGCACCUUUAGAAACUACAUUACGAAGGAAAUUCAAGGAUCUGCCAAAGUCUGUCCUGUACUGCUAUCGUGGAGCUGGAAGGACACAAUAUGUAUGAUAUCGUUAGAUGGAGGAUUUGCGAAGGUGAAGGAAGAUGAAGGAUCGGGGAGUACAACACAAAGUUGGAUGAACUUGUGUUGAAGGAGACUUCAACGCGUGAGUGCAAUAACACAAGGAGCCACAGCUUACUAGAGACCUUCGAAGGGAUUGAUGUCACCUUCGCGAGCUUAUCACUAAAAACGGUGAAAUGCACUGAAGAAUGUGUGCAUUCAAAUGGAAGACCAGAGUUUUGAUCAGGAAGUCUGCGUGGAAGCUAGAAAGGGCAUUCUACUCCGACCGAGGUCCAGUCUUCCUCAUUCCUUUGGCUUGCAACUUUGAGGCUGGCAACCCUAGGCUUUUUGCCCGCCGUGUGCCGAAUCGAGAGUAGCUUAUCCUAGACUCGCGUCUGUCACAGCACACGUACGGGUCUUUAACGCUUGCGACUCAGAUGAAUCCCGAUGGUGAUCCUACCCGACGCGAGUGACUCAUCCGUCGGCGACGUGAGACCACUCUACCCGAGAGUACUCCGCGACGUGAAUACUCUUCCCCCUAGGAGUUCGACUGCGGAGAAGGUCUUAUCUUAUCCCCACAGCCUCCGUUGUAGAGGGCGCGUUCGACUCGGAUACUCCGCGACGGUAACGUUGGAGGUAUCCUACACACAGAUGCGCGACGUACCAGGCAGCUGGGCAUAAGCAGAAGGUGAAGUCUUUUCUUUGUAUGCUUUACUGCCAAGUUCGAACGCACACUACUCAGAUGUUCCCCGACGAGGGAGUCACCCUACACCGGUCGCGGACUGGUGAUGGUUCCAACUCCUCUGCAGGGCAGUCAUAAACCGAGUAAACCCAGCGCUGACCACGCACCAAGUAUUGGUAUCCUCACACAUCCUUCGCACGAUGUUGUCGGCUGUCGUGUCUGGUCCGCAGGCGGCAAGCAUUUUAGCGCGUACCCCUUCAAACCUCGGACAGUUGAACACUACGUGCUGUGGUGUCUCUACUGUGUCACCGCAGGUUGGGUAGAAUGGCGAGGCCACUUGUCCAAACUGAUGGUGGUACUGCAUGAGGCAUGCGUGACCAAGUUCUGCAGAAAUCCACCUCUCCAUGUUCCCGGUUUAUCCAGAAUCCGACGUUAGGGAUCAAGCCUUGGGGCCACCGGCCACGUUCCGAGCUGUCCCAGUUGGACAUCGAGGCCUCUCUGGCAUGUUUUCGCAUAUCGGGCAUGUGGCUGUGCUCGUAGCAGAAAAUAUUUUCCUCUAGCAAAACCGAGAUGGGCAUGACCCCUCCACAACAUCAGCGACCAUUGCCGCUCUAUUACAGGCGUAGUCGACGUGGGCCGUUAAGUUCAGCCGGUCGUCGAUAAUCACCCCCAGGUACUCAAUCGCAUGCUUGGUUUCGAUUGCGCACGGUCCAGCUGCAAUCGUCCCUGAUUGUGCUGAAAUCAGGUUGGUGAUCAGCACCAUCUCGGUCUUGUGGUGAGCCAGACGCAAGCUCUUGGAGCGCAUCCAACUUACCACCUUCUCAAUAGCUACUGUGGCGAGUAGCUGGACCUCUCCGGUUGAUGGGCCUGAUGCCAGGAGAAUUACGUCGUCGACGAGUCCCACAAGUCUCACUCCAAUGGGGAGACGCAGUCUCAGCAGUUCGUCGUAGACAAUGUUCCACAAUACCGGGCCAAGUAUCGAUCCUUGUGGAACCCCUGCCGAGACACCCACUGUUUUCGGUCCCUCUCUGGUCUUCUACUAUAGUUGGCGGUUACGGAAGUAACAAUUCCACCAUCCUACAGAUAUAUGCCGGAAUAUGCUGCCCAACUGACGCUGUUGAAGGCGUUCUUCACGUCAAGGGUGAUCACUGCGCAAAACUGGUCUCCUCUCUUCUUCUUCAGUCUGGCUUUGUCUGCCCCUUCGAUGACACGUCGAAGGACUACCGUACUGCGGCCUUCCCGAAAAUCGAAUAGGCCGAUCGCACUUCCGGUGUAGAGCUGGAUCCUGCUCUGUACCACCUUCUCUAACACCUUUCCAGCAGUAUCCAGGAGACAUAUCGGGCGAUAUGCUGAUGGGCGGCUUGCCCGGUUUUGGCAGGAACACCAAUCGCUGUCGCUUCCACACGUCUGGGAAGACCCUACCAUCCACGUACUGUUGCAGUGAUGACCGGAACAUUUCAGGAUGUUCCAUGAUCGCGGCCUUCACUGCUACAUUAGGGAUGCCAUCCGGUCCCGGAACUUUGUUCAACUGAAGGGACUUAGCGAUGUCACGCAGUUCCUGGAACGAAAUCUGCUCCUCUUCACUGCUUCCUCCCAGCUAACAUGAAAUCGUAAUGGAAAUGAUAAUCCAAAUCGAUUACUAAGACAUUUUCAAUAACCAUAGUAAAAAAGUUGGUAUUGAGUGAUUUUCUAUCAUUCAUUUACGACAAGCUUUGCCUCAAAAUAGUUGAGUCGGAAAGCUGUUUUGUCAAUUCGUUAAUAUGUCUCCAAAAGUUGGGAAUAUGCUAAUUUGACAUUUACGAUUUGAGUGAACUGAUUUACGAUGAAGUCCAUCGAUUGAAACUCUAUUCGAUCUCUCCCUUUCUUCCUUUGACUGGUUCGCAAAAAAGAAAAUCUCACCUAUAGAGCUAUAGCGUGAAGUCAUAUGCGAUACCAACUGAUGCGCACCUCCACUCCGCGUCUUGGCCCUGACAAUCGUGUAAGCGUGGCCCCACGGGUUGUCAUUGGCGUCAUCGCAGAGUUGCCUGAAUCGUGCCUUUUUGCUCGCCUUGAUUGGCCUGCAGAGGGCAGACCUCGCAAUUACGUAGGGCACUCUUCGCUCCGCCCUCGCUGACGGGGACCUCGCUCUCUGUAUAUGUCGCCUGGCCCGUAGUACGCAGGUCCGCGAUUUCCGUCGUCCACCAGUAGACGGGUUGCGAGUGUCCUUCUGCUUGGCCCUCCUUGUCAUCGUAGCGUCACAUGCGCGUACGAGUACUCUCGUCAGGUUUUCCAAGUUCCGCUCCCAAUUUAACACUUCGACAAAGACGUUCUGGUAGAAUUGUGUUGUCUUCCAGAGGUGUGCUCCUGUUGUCGUACCUCUUCUACCUGCCCGCGUACUUGUGCCCACCCGAUACCGAAUCCCAAAGUGAUCGCUAUCACUAACCCUCCAGUCGCUCGUCCCGGACUACUGAAGGUGAUGUAAAUGAUGGACUCGCUCCCAUUCCUGUGGUGGGUUCUUGUAUCGCCUACAUUCUCCAGGCCUACGUUCAGCCUUGCCAGGGCUUCCAGUAGAAGCUGUCCCGUGGGUUUGUAAGGCGACUACCCCAUUCUACGGCGCACGCGUUGAAGUCCUCGCCUAUGACAAUGGGGCUCCUGCCCGCGAGACCUUUGAUGAUUUCGUCCAUCAAGACGCCGAACCUCUUCAGAGACCACCUCAGGGGGGCGUAGCAGCUACAGACAUGAAGGGAGAUUCGCAGGUCCAAAACGCUGAGUAGCUUGCGGCAAUGAUGGUAGCGAUGUUCGACAAGACCAUGUCCAGAUAAAGUAUACCCAAGUGAUGGCGAAGAUCGGGCUAUUACUGGUGCGGUUAAUCUAGCAGCCAGGGUAGCACUCAAGCAAACCAUUAGGACAAGCGAGGAAAACGGUUAUAGAGCACUGAGCCAGAGCGUAAAGUCUGUUUCACAUAGAACCUGGUCGCAUCUUUUCAUUUACUGCAGCGCUCCUAGUUGUCAUAUCGCGAAUCUAUUAACAGUGUUUUGAUCCGGAUGGUUUGUUUACUUAGUGGUGAAAAUUUCAUUAAGAUUGAAGCAGUCAGUCAAAAGUUAUCGACGAUGGAACGCAAAAGGCAAGAGAAAAUUCUGCACACUCACGUAGAGAAACCGACGUGGUCAGGGGUAAAAAUCGCGAAAUUCCUGAAAUACCCAAAAUCGACUGUAAAUUCGGUGCUGCAACGUUACCGGGAGACCCUUACGGUGGAUCGAGCAAAACAAGCCAGGCGUAAAAGUGGAACAUAUGACCGUAAGCUGCGAGCAAAGGUAAUUCGAUCAGUUCACAAUAAUCCUGGAAUCUCUUUGCGCGAUUUGGCGAAAAAGUUUAAAACGAACCACAGUACAGCUCGACGAAUUUGUUUGCGAGAAGGCUUGCGGUCGUAUCAUGCAAGCAAACACCCCAACAGGACACUGAAACAAAACCUGGUUGCCAAAACCAGGGCAAGGAAGUUGUACGAGAAAGUUUGACCAAUUACAACGGAUGCAUUUUGAUGGACGACGAAACUUACGUGAAAGUGGAUUUUGGACAAUUACCCGGUAACAAAUUUUACCUUGCGAAGCUUAAAGGGAAUGUUGCGGGUAGAUUCAAGUUUUUUUUCGCAGAUAAAUUUGCUCGUAAAUUGAUGAUUUGGCAAGGGAUCUGUAGUUGUGGGAAGAAGACUAAGAUUUUCAUCACUUGGGACACAAUAAACGGAAAUGUUUACAAAGAAAAAUGUCUCCAGAAGAGGGUUUUGUCAUUCAUUCGGACCCACAAAGGUCCGGUGAAGUUCUGGCCGGACCUGGCAAGCUGUCACUAACGCCGGGAUGUCGUUAAGUGGUAUAAGGAUAACAAGAUCGAUUUUGUUGAAAAAAGUAUCAAUCCACCAAACUGUCCGGAUUUUCGUCCCAUCGAGAAAUAUUGGGCAAUAGUUAAGGACAAACUGAAGAAAUGUGGCAAAACCCGCUCAAAUGAAAAAGUGGUGGAACAAGAUGGUGAAUUAACAGCAGUACUGUGCAGAAAAUGAUGGGUGGUAUCACAAAAAAAGUUCGAAAAUUCAUCCGAAAAGCUGACGAAUGAUUUUUAUGUAUUUUUUUCAAAAGUGCAAUAAAAACUCUACAAAACGACAUUUUUACUUUUGUUGUACGUUAUUUCUUUGCGGAGAAAUGAUCUAUUUCAUCCGACCAGAUUCUAUGUGAAUCAAACUUUAGAUAACAAUCCAUGGGGACAAGUCUAUAGAGUAGUACUGCCAGAUUUCGGCUGUCCAAACCGCCGACCGAAAAGUGUCUAGAAAAAUUGAAGGAGAUCGUUGAGAUCGAGGACCUUGUGGCUGUUGCUUAGAAACUUGAGGUGAAUAAGGUUCCAGGGCCGGACAGAGUUCCAAACUCAGUGCUGUAAGUGGCGAUACCGACCAUUCCGUAUACUUUCAGAGAAGUGCUACAGAAGUGUCCCGGCAGCAGGCAAGCAGAUAGUCGGAUUUCCGGGCGAUAUCGUGCUCAUGAUCACCGAAACAAUCGAGAAGGUAGAAUAUCUUGCGACGGAUUGGCAUAUGGUAGGAAAUAUUCAUGGCCAACAAAUAAGUUGAACCACACAUGGAGACCACGACAUCUUCAAAACAGCAGCUAAAUCACCUCGGAGUAACGGUCGACUUCUGAUUAAGUUUUGAUGAGCAAGUCAAAUGCUUUUGUGGGAGUAUUUCGAGAGUUAUCGACUCAUUGACCUGGUUCUGCCUAACUGCCAUGGUCCAAAAAGUAGCAAGGGACAGCUCCUUGCGAGCGUAGCAGUAUCGAAACACUACUAGAGGUAGAGCGCAACAAAUCCAAAUUACGAAGCACACUUCAGCAGAUAGCCGUUCGGAGUUUCUUGUGUAUUCAGGACUAUCUCAGCAGAUGCAGUUUUUGUCAUGAUUCCCAUCGGCAUCGCUCUGGCGGUGGAUAAGGACCAAUAAGAUGCAUCGAACAACGCAAGAUGGACACGUAGGCUGCCAUAUCACCUGGAAUGCGGAAAGAGAUACGGAGAAAUCGGCAAAAAAGCAAUCUUUUUCUAUCCCAUGAAGAGAAUGAAAUAGUCAACCAAACUUUACAAGCUUAAAGAGGAUUAUGGGCUUAGUAUGACACCACAAUUGAAAAGAAACGCGUUCUGAGGAGUUAGGAUAGGAUAUGGACUUAAACACGUGAAGCGGAGAAACUAUUCGAAGGUGAUCGUGACGGGAUUUUUUCAUGGUAGUCUCACAAUCGUCCAUCCUUCGGUACAAAUACCUACGAGAUUGGUUACGCGAGUUUCUUUGAAAGCACUAGCUAAUCUGCACACGUCUCGGGGUCUUACGUACCAGUCUGCUUUUGGCGGAAGAGGAAUUGUAAUGGGUACGAUGUAUGAGUGCAAGAGUCUAAGAGUCUCAUUCUACAAAAACACAAUUAAGAUAUAAAAUUAUUUUGAACCUAAAUUUUGGUUUUUUGUUUAUUCAAACUCUAUGAUGAUAAAGAGCUAAUAAAGCUGAUUCACCGUUCUUUUGUUCAAAAUCUGUCCCACUGUCCCCAACUAGAGUUUCACUAAUUCAAAUGAAUCCUUAUCCCUUUUCCUGUCUCUCCCGCAUCCUUGUAAUUAUUUUAAUCAUGUAAAUGUUGCAAUCUAUUCCACAUAGAUCGAAGGUAUACAGAAGCUUUCAUUCACCAGGGGGUUUAGCUUAUACAUAAUAAGUACAUUGCUAUUUAGGAUAGCUCUGAUUAUAUACUGUCACACUGGACUACUUAAGUGCAGCGACAGAUCAGCGAUAAGCAGGCAGAGUAGUUAUUUAUACAAUAGUACCAACUGUAUCCAGGUGGCAUUUACACAAUUGUACUGUAUAGAUGGCUGAAGUGUCUCUUCUCUUCAAUGUAGAGGACCUGUUUUCUUUUAAUAAGCACUUUAGUCCCGAUAGGUUGAUUGUCCAAAGAUUAAAGGAAGUGAAGACAAAAAAAAUGAAAUAUGAAACAGACAAACUAAUAAUCUACGACUCGGUAGAAAAGAGCGUUUCAAAUGGACUCAGUGUUAAUUAAAGAACAAAAAAAAAAUAA